CAGUCGCAGGAUGCUCCCCGCAUUGCGAUGAAACAGAAGCCUCGGCAACUGUAGCCUACGAGACGCACAUGGGCGCAAUUCAUGACCGGGAUGCUUUGGUUCUGCCGUGCUGAUCGCCAUUAUAAGAUUGGCCUUCAGCAGCUAUUCUAGGCCAAAGCGACGGUUUUAUCUUGAAUCGCAACACCCUGUAUUUCUCGUGGCUUUACUGCAUGUUUUUGUAUUUCUCGUGCCGCAGGCUGUUGUUGGGUGUUUACGGUAUAUGCGACGCGUCUUGACCAACCACCGUUGUGCAAUUACCGACUACGCCAGAUUCGCCAGAUUCUUACCAAAGUCGCCGAUAAAGACCAUCAUCAGCCGUUGACUAAGCCUUCAUACCACUGCACGCUGCCAUCGUAUCAACAGGUCAAAUUGGUAUUGCCAUUCACUUUUUAAGCAGCUUUAUAUUCCCAUCACCCCUAUACUAGUACCAUCACCAUGCCGAUGCACAAGGGCAUGCUCCCUCGUGAAGGUUUUUGUGCCGACGUGGUUCUAAAGCUCGUCCGCAGAACUGUUCUUAACCCGAACCUCCUGCUGCCCUUGGUUCUUCUCGCUCGUUUUACCAAAAAGGGUCAGGACCUCUCGAUUCUACACCCCAAAGCGGCACGAUGGCUGAGGAAGCUCUUCUACCUCGCGGUGGCGCGUGGAGUCGGCCGUUGGCUCUCAGACAAAGUCCGAAACAAUUGGGUCGACGACAAGUAUGACUGGUCAAAGGAGAUUGUGCUCAUCACAGGCGGCUCGGCGGGCAUCGGCGCCUGCAUAGUGAAACUCUUGGAUGAGAUGAAAGUCACAGUCGUGGUGCUGGAUGUUCAGAAGAUGACAUAUGCAGCCUCUUCGAGAGUCCACCAUUUCUAUUGCGACAUUAGGUCGCCAGAGAACCUGGCUGCUGUUGCUGAAAAGGUAACAAGUCAAGUCGGCCACCCCAGCGUCAUCAUCAACAACGCCGGUGUCGUCCGCGGCAAGACUAUUCUAGAUGCCACGCCAGCGGAUGUAAGAUUCACGUUUGACGUCAAUGCCUUAGCCCAUUACUGGGUUGCCCAGGCUUUCUUACCGCAUAUCGUGUCCCAGAAUCACGGCAUGGUAGUGACGGUGGCAUCUUUUGCCUCAUGGAUUACAGUCCCCAACAUGGUAGAUUACGCCGCAACCAAGGCAGCAGCCAUGGCAUUCCAUGAGGGUCUUUCAGCUGAGUUGAAGACUCGAUACAACGCUCCCAGAGUCCGCACCGUAAUAGUCCAUCCUGGAGCUACCACCACGGAGCUCUUUACCGGCUUCGAUCAGGGGGCACCUUUCUUAAUGCCCGCACAAGCGCCUGAAUCUAUUGCCGAGGCAGUAGUCAAGCAGAUCCUGACCGGUCGGAGCGGUCAGGUCAUUCAGCCAGAAACUGGAGGGCUACUCCCCUCCUUGAGAUCCCAGCCGGACUGGCAAUCGUUUCGGGUCCGAAGCAAGGCCCAGACUGGUAUGCUGAACUAUAACGGGCGGCAGGUCAUUGAGGAUCCAGCUGCAGUUGCUGCUCCUGUUGCGUCCAACGGCAGCAGUUAGCCCCGACACCGGGACCUGAAUGGGGAAGCUGGUUGUCACAAGCAUGGCCGAAACUUGAUGUUGUUGACAGUCUAACUGAGCGAAUCAGGCCUCCUCGGCCAGGGCUGAUUGGAGAGGGCUGGAGAACUAGGUUUCCAACACCUGAAACUCGUUCCACAAUGGCCAGAGAUGAACGGCUAGCGGGCUUUAGCAUUACUACUUUGUAAUACAAGUCUGCAGAGGACUGGGUAGCAGUAGUAUUACUAUUCAUGGUUAAUAUUAGAAGUGACAUAUGUUAGUGCUGG